AUGGAAUUGUAUUACGAUUUGCUACUCGAAGGAUUCACCAAGUUGGGUCCUGAGAAGCCGAUUCUUCAGAACACUGUUUUUGGUUGGGUUGCCUCGGGAAAAAUCGGUGUCAAUCUACCUGAUCGAACGCCAAAGGUUUCCCAUGUAUGCAGCAAACAACCACUCGAUGAGUUAAUCUCCCGUUUUUGGGAAAUCGAGUCCUGCUGGUCUCCCAGUACGCAGUCUAUAGAGGAAGCUGCCUGUGAAGAUCAUUUCGCUGCUCACACUUUUCGAGAUGAAUCGGGUCGGUUUGUGGUGACGCUUCCAAAGCAUCCGUCCAUUCUAGCCCAACUCGGCAGCUCAAAGGAGAUUGCCACCAAAAGAUGUCUUGCUCUCGAACGUCGCCUCGACGACAAUCCCAAACUAAAGGAGGCCUACACUGCCUUCAUCGAAGAAUACCACCAGCUGGGCCACAUGAGGGAAGUAGACUGCUCUGGAACUUCUUCGCCUGCAGCACUGUCGUACUAUUUACCUCACCACGGAGUCGAAAAAGCUGACAGCACAACCACAAAACUGCGGGUCGUUUUCGACGCCUCAUGUCGAACCGACAGCGGAGUCUCCUUGAAUCAGGCGCUGAUGGUGGGUGCUGUGGUUCAGGACGACCUCUUCGCCAUCCAUCUUCGGUUUCGCAUGCACAGGAUCGCCAUUAUUGCAGACAUCGAAAAGAUGUAUCGUCAGAUACGCAUCCAUCCGUCGGACUAUCCACUACAGCGCAUACUGUGGCGUAGUUCGUCAUCUGAACCGUUGCGCACUUUUGAGCUAGCGACGGUGACUUACGGUACAGCAUCUGCUCCCUUUUUGGCCACCAGAUGCCUGAAAGAGCUGUCCAUACAAGGUGCUGACAAUUAUCCACACGCAUCGCUAGUUUUGGGUAAGGAUUUUUUCGUGGACGACAUGCUUACCGGAGUCGACAACGAAGAAGACGGAGCAGAACUUAGCAGUCAGCUCCAGGAACUACUACAGUCAGCAGGUUUUAGUCUACGAAAGUGGGCGUCCAACUCCCCAGCUGUCCUCUCGAACAUUCCGGCCGAAAAUCGUGACGAACGGUCGGUGUUUGCUUUAGAUUCGCUCUCGUCUCCGAUUAAGACCCUCGGAAUUCAAUGGAAUCCCUCAACCGACACGUACACGUACGCUGUUCCAGAAUGGUCCAAAGAAGCUGUCAUUACUCGCGUCGUUGCAUCCGACACUGCCAAACUAUUCCUGCCUCUCGGACUGCUAGGUCCCGUCGUUGUACUUGCCAAGAUAUUCAUUCAAUCUCUGUGGCAGACCACCGUGUCCUGGGACGAGCCACUGACUCUAGAGCAACAGCAAUAUUGGUCCGAGUUUCGUGACAGCUUAGAGGACAUCACAUCGAUUUCCAUUCCUCGAUGGGCAGCAUUCGCUCAUAAUCCUGUUGUGGUAGAGGUGCAUGGGUUCUGCGAUGCUGCAGAGAAAGCAUACGGGGCCUGCCUCUACAUUCGAACGGUGUCAAGUGAUGGCACCAUUUCCGCCAGACUACUCGCCGCCAAAUCGAAGGUGGCGCCUACAGGAAAAUCGAAAAAGCAGACCACGCUCACCCUACCCAGAUUGGAACUUUCAUCAGCGUUACUCCUAGCUCACCUGUAUCACAAGGUCACCGAAAGCGUCGAAUUGAAAACGAAGUCGUUCUUUUGGACGGAUUCCAUGAUUGCUCUCUGUCAGAUUCGCUCGCCACCAGCUCGUUGGAAAACCUUUGUAGCGAAUCGCGUUUCAGAGAUCCAACGCCUGACGGUCGGCGGAACUUGGGCUCAUGUACCCGGUGCUGAAAACCCCGCGGACAUUAUCUCGCGUGGUAUGAGCUCCGCGCAACUGAAAGAUACGCCAGCCUGGUGGAAAGGAUGCCAGUGGCUAAGUCAACCGUCUCGUUUCUGGCCUCCCAUCAACCGUCCUAUCCCCGAGGAUCUACCUUCUACCGAGCUCGAGGAACGCUCGGUCUCAUUGCCAGUGCAAGCCACACAAUCCAGCGAAAUCUUCGAGUGUCGCUCAUCGUUCUCCAGUCUAGUUCGGGUAGUUGCCUUUCUACUCCACUUCCGGCACAAUGCUUCGCCUCGAAAUCGACAUGCUCGAAAGGUCGGGCCUCUCAGCACCUUGGAGCUGAACAAUGCUACCAAGACGCUCGUAAAGCUUGCUCAACACGAAGCCUUUGGAGCAGACAUUCUCGCCAUCACAUCAAAAGGACAAGUCAGCUCCCAUUCUGCCUUGAAAAACCUCGCUCCCAUCCUAGUUGAUGGGAUUCUUCGUGUUGGUGGUCGUUUACGUCACGCAGCUGUUUCCGAGGACAGGAAACAUCCCAUGAUUCUGUCAGCUCGUCAUACACUCACAGAACGCAUUCUGGUUCACUACCACCUGAAAAAUCUUCACGCCGGACCACAACUACCGGUUGCCUGCGCACGGGAGAAAUACUGGCCUCUUCGAAUCAGGAACUUGGCUCGGAAGGUUGUACACUCCUGCGUGAAUUGCUUCUGCUGCAAACCCACCAAUCUCGAACAGCUAAUGGGGGACUUGCCUUCUGAGAGAGUGACACCAACUCUACCGUUUUUGAAUACUGGUGUAGAUCUGUGUGGGCCCUUCCAGUUUCCGAAGCUGCCUAGAGCCCCUCCUGUGAAAUGCUACGUGGCUAUUUUCGUUUGCCUUGUCACAAAGGCUGCCCACGUAGAACUUGUGUACGACCUCAGUACAGCCGCAUUUCUGGCGGCGUUGCAACGUUUCGUCGCUCGCAGAGGGCGACCAAGGCUUAUCCAGUGCGACAACGCCACAAAUUUCAAGGGAGCAGCAAAGGAACUCGCACAGCUACGCAAGCAGUUCUAUGAUCAGCAACAUCAGGCAGAAGUAAUCAGCACGUGCGCAGAUGAUGGCACCGAAUUCAGGUUCAUUCCGCCCCGCAGUCCCAAUUUCGGGGGAUUGUGGGAGGCGGCGGUGAAAUCGUUUAAGAAGCAUCUCCGGGCCUCUAUUGGAAAUUCGGUGCUUUCUCAGGACGAGUUUGUGACCCUACUAGCUCGCAUCGAGGCUUGCCUGAAUUCUAGGCCAUUGACUGCGCUCUCGGCCGACCCUAAUGACCUGGAAGUCUUGACUCCGGGACAUUUUCUCGUUCAUCGGCCACUCACCGCGUUUCCUGAGCCCAACCUGUCCGAAGUACCGAGGAAUCGCCUCGACCGAUGGCAGGUGAAUCAAGAACUACUCCGACGCGUUUGGAAGCGUUGGACCAUCGACUACCUGUCAGGCCUCCAUCCACGUACUAAGUGGACUCAACAGCGCAACAACAUUGAGAUCGGCACUUUGGUGUUGGUCAAGGAAGACAACCUUCCACCCUUGAAAUGGAGGUACGGCCGAAUCAUCCGAGUCUGCCGUGGUCUGGACAACAACAUCCGUGUAGUCGUCGUGCGGACUGCCGACGGCGAAUAUACAAGAUCAAUAUCGAAGAUAUGCGUUCUACCUGUACGCCAGCCUGCAUUGAACGAUGCCGGCUCAAUCAACCAAACUCAGAGGACUGAGUUUCGUCCAUCGCAUUGCUUCGGCAUUGCGCAACGUGGAGGCCUUUGGGCCUCCGACCAUGUAAGUUAG